AUGGAAAAGACAUUUUCAAACGAUUACCCACCCUCCGGGACUGAGGCCCACAUCCACAUCAACCACACGGCCCACUCGGAUGACUCAGAGGAGGUGCCCUCGCACAAGGAAAAUUACAACACCAGUGGCCACGACCUGGAGGAGUCCGACCCGGAUAACCAUGUCGGUGAGACCCUCGAGGUCAAGCGAGGUCUCAAGAUGCGACACAUCUCCAUGAUCUCGCUUGGAGGAACCAUUGGUACCGGUCUCUUCAUUGGUACCGGAGGAGCUCUCCAGCAGGCCGGUCCCUGUGGCGCCCUCGUCGCCUACGUGUUCAUGGCCACCAUUGUCUACUCUGUUGCCGAGUCUCUUGGAGAACUGGCUACGUACAUUCCCAUCACCGGCUCCUUUGCCGUCUUUACUACCCGAUAUCUGUCACAGUCGUUUGGUGCCUCCAUGGGCUGGCUAUACUGGUUCUCGUGGGCGAUCACCUUCGCCAUCGAGCUCAACACCAUUGGUCCCGUGAUUGAGUACUGGACUGACGCCGUUCCUACUGCUGCCUGGAUUGCCAUCUUCUUCGUCAUCCUCACUACCAUCAACUUCUUCCCCGUGGGCUUCUAUGGCGAAGUCGAGUUCUGGGUGGCCUCCGUGAAGGUCAUUGCCAUCAUUGGAUGGCUCAUCUACGCGCUCUGCAUGACGUGUGGAGCAGGUGUAACAGGUCCUGUGGGAUUCAGAUACUGGAACCACCCCGGACCCAUGGGAGACGGAAUCUGGACCGACGGCGUGCCCAUUGUGCGAAACGCGCCCGGUCGACGAUUCAUGGGAUGGCUCAAUUCGCUCGUUAACGCCGCCUUCACCUACCAGGGCUGUGAGCUGGUCGGAGUCACUGCCGGUGAGGCCCAGAACCCCAGAAAGUCCGUCCCUCGAGCCAUCAACCGAGUCUUUGCUCGAAUUUGCAUCUUCUACAUUGGCUCUAUCUUCUUCAUGGGCAUGCUCGUGCCCUUUAACGACCCCAAGCUGACCGAUGACUCCUCCGUCAUCGCCUCCUCUCCUUUUGUUAUUGCCAUUAUCAACUCUGGCACCAAGGUGCUCCCUCACAUUUUCAACGCCGUCAUUCUCAUCACCCUGAUUUCGGCAGGAAACUCCAACGUCUACAUUGGCUCGCGAGUGGUCUACGCCCUGGCUGACUCCGGAACCGCACCAAAGUUCUUCAAGCGAACCACCAAGAAGGGAGUGCCGUACGUGGCAGUCUGCUUCACCUCGGCGUUUGGUCUGCUGGCCUUCAUGUCUGUGUCCGAGUCGUCGUCCACUGUCUUCGACUGGUUCAUCAACAUCUCCGCUGUGGCCGGCCUCAUCUGUUGGGCCUUCAUCUCUGCCUCCCACAUCCGAUUCAUGCAAGUGCUUAAGCACAGAGGGAUCUCCAGAGAUACGCUGCCCUUCAAGGCACGAUGGCAGCCAUUCUACUCAUGGUACGCGCUCGUCUCCAUCAUCUUCAUCACUCUCAUCCAGGGCUUCACGUCCUUCUGGCACUUUACCGCCGCCAAGUUCAUGACUGCAUACAUCUCCGUCAUUGUCUGGGUCGGUUUGUACAUUAUCUUCCAGUGUCUGUUCCGAUGCAAGUUCCUUAUCCCUAUUGAGGAUGUGGACAUUGACACCGGCCGACGAGAGAUUGACGACGAUGUGUGGGAGGAGAAGAUCCCCACAAAGUGGUACGAGAAGUUUUGGAAUAUUAUUGCAUAA